UUCACCCUGAGCCUCGGGCUCGUAUGCGGAGGUCAGGGAGCAGAGAGAAGCUGAACAGAGAGCCCAGCCCUCCCCCUUCUUUUGUCCCUGAACCCCCGAAGGUGCGGGCUCAGACUCGGACUGACUCGACACGGAGCUAUGACUCUCACUCCAGCAGCACCAUCAGCAGCGACACAGUGGGCGGAAACAGGCCGCUCCCCCCUCCCGUGGCCCUGAAGCCCACCGGCCCCCGCAUGAACCAGCCCACAGAGGAGCCGAGUCCGGGACGAGAGGAGGACGACCCCGCCAACAAAUCCUUCCUGGGCAAGAUUAAGGCAUUUGAGAAGAUGGACCACUUGGCUCGAGCUCAGAGGAUCCUGGAGCUGCAGGAGGCGGAGAACGCUCGAUUGGAAAUCGCCCAGAAGCAUCCAGACAUCUACGCCAUCCCGGUGAAGCUGCCAAAGCCCAACCUCAACCGUCCCCAGCCAAUCGGUUCCAGCUCCAACCCUGAGCCCCAGGCGCCGUCCAGGCCGCCGUACUCGGAGCCGAGAGGAUACGAGGACGACGAGGCGGAGUACCGCAGACAGCUGGCCGACCAGACCAAGAGAGGAUACUACAACCCUCAGAAAUACAAAGACACUGAGCUGUGAGGCCCCGAAACCAGGACAUGACAUCAUCACCGCACGCUGCUCCAGUCACCCCCCCACGCCGUCGCUUCGAGUGCUCAGAGCUCGUCACCGUGGUAACAGCUCACGCAGCUUUACCUCAAUGUAAACUUUAAACUUUUGUUCGUAGUCGGAUUCCUGGAAAGAUAUUAGUCUCAGCACUGUUGUGUCACUACAUGUUGUACUUCAUAAAUACACAAACGGUUUAUGCAUGUA